AAGGGUGGAGUGAACAAAUGUUGUUUUUUAAUUGUUGUUAUAUGAAUUAUGUAUCAAAUCCUCUUAAAAGAGGAAAAAAAAUUACUAAUCAAGAAAUUAUAGAACCAAUUGAGAUAGAUGUCACGGAAGUGAAAUCAGAAGAAACUA